AUGGCCGACACCCCCGUUACCCUCCGGACUCGCAAGUUCAUCCGCAACCCUCUGCUUGCCCGCAAGCAGAUGGUCGUUGACGUCCUGCACCCCAACCGCCCCAACGUCUCCAAGGAUGAGCUCCGCGAGAAGUUGGCCGACCUGUACAAGUCCAACAAGGACCAGGUCUCCGUCUUCGGUUUCCGCACCCAGUACGGUGGUGGCAAGUCCACCGGCUUCGCUCUGGUCUACGACUCCGCCGAGGCCCUGAAGAAGUUCGAGCCCGCCUACCGUCUGGUCCGCAUUGGUGCCGCCACCAAGGUCGAGAAGCCCUCCCGCCAGCAGCGCAAGCAACGCAAGAACCGCUCCAAGAAGUUCCGCGGUACCGCCAAGACCAAGGGCCCCAAGAAGAACAAGGACUAA